AUGAUGGGUAGAAGGAAUAACACAAAUGUGGCUGACUUCAUCCUUACAGGACCGUCAGAUUCUGAAGAGGUCCAGAUGGCCCUCUUUAUGCUAUUUCUCCUGAUAUACCUAAUUACUAUGCUGGGGAAUGUGGGGAUGAUAUUGACAAUCCACCUGGACCUCCAGCUUCACACUCCCAUGUAUUUUUUCCUUACUCACCUGUCAUUUAUUGACCUCAGUUACUCAACUGUCAUCACACCUAAAACCUUAGCGAACUUACUGACUUCCAACUAUAUUUCCUUCAUGGGCUGCUUUGCCCAGAUGUUCUUUUUUGUCUUCUUGGGUACUGCUGAAUGUUAUCUUCUCUCCUCAAUGGCCUAUGAUCGCUAUGUAGCUAUCUGCAGUCCUCUACACUACACAGUUAUUAUGUCCAAAAGGCUCUGCCUCGCUCUCGUCACUGGGCCUUAUGUGAUUGGCUUUAUAGACUCCUUUGUCAACGUGGUUUCCAUGAGCAGAUUGCAUUUCUGCGACUCAAACAUAAUUCAUCACUUUUUCUGUGACACGUCCCCAAUUUUAGCUCUGUCCUGCAGUGACACAUACAAAACUGAAAUCCUGAUAUUCAUUAUCGCUGGUUCCACCCUGAUGGUGUCCCUUAUCACAAUAUCUGCAUCCUAUGUGUCCAUUCUCUCUACCAUCCUGAAAAUUAAUUCAACUUCAGGAAAGCAGAAAGCUUUCUCUACUUGCGUCUCUCAUCUCUUGGGAGUCACCAUCUUCUAUGGAACUAUGAUUUUUACUUAUUUAAAACCAAGAAAGUCUUAUUCCUUGGGAAGGGAUCAAGUGGCUUCUGUGUUUUAUACUAUUGUGAUUCCCAUGCUGAAUCCACUCAUUUAUAGUCUUAGAAACAAAGAAGUGAAAAGUGCUCUCAUCAGAGUCAUGCAGAGAAGACAGGACUCCAGGUAA